AUGGGGGUGGACAUUGAUAAAUGGGAUUUGCAGUGUGCCCAGUGCCAGUUUAGCAGACGGUCCAUCAAGGAAACAGGCAUUCCUAGGGGAACAGAUCAACAGAAUCGACUGCUACACCGGAAUGCCGCCAAAAGGCUGAUAACAUGGACUGGUGUGUUUGGUGAGUCAGUGUCAGUGAAAGAGGGAGAUUCUGUCACUCUACACACUGGUCUUACUGAAAUAAAGGAAGAUGAUGUGAUACACUGGAGGUUUGGAGACACUCUCAUAACUGAAUUUGAUAGAGAAUCGAAUAGUACCACUACACAUGUGGAUGCUGUUAAUGGGAUAUUCAAAAACACACUGAAUCUGCACCUUCAAACUGGAGAUCUCACCAUCAAAAAUGCCAGAACUGAACUCUCUGGACUUUAUAAAGUAACCAACAUCUUAAACACCUUAGACAAGAACUUUAAUGUCAGUGUUGAGUCAUAUGAAGUGGAUAAAAGACAGUCAGUGUCAGUGCUGGUGGGAGAUUCUGUCACUCUACACACUGAUGUUCCUGACAUAAAGAGAUAUGAUGUGAUACGGUGGAGGUUUGAACAUCAAAACUCUCCUGUAGCUGAAAUCAAUAGAAAGUCUGAAAUCCUCAGCACAUCUGAUGGCGCUGAUGGGAGAUUCAGAGACAGACUACAGCUGGAAUAUUUGACUGGAUCUCUGACCAUCAGGAACAUUGGAACCAGACACUCUGGACUUUAUGAAGUUGACAUCAGUACCAGCAGCAGAUACACCCUACACAAGACAUUCAGUGUGACUGUCAGCGAUGGAAUCAGGAAAUUGUCAGUGAUGAAGGGAGAUUCAGUCACUCUGCAGACUGAUACUAAAAUAGAGAUCUAUGAUUCCACGCUGUGGAUCUUUACAGACAUUUUCAUAGCUGAAAUCUAUAAAGCAACUCAACGAUUCUCCACAUCUGAUGGUCCUGAUGGGAGAUUCAAAGACAGACUGAAGCUGGAUCAUCAGACUGGAUCUCUGACCAUCAUGAACAUCACAACCAUAGACUCUGGACUUUAUGAUCUGAAGAUCAGCAGCAGCAGACACACCAUACACAAGAGAAUAAUUGUUACUGUCAAUGAAAUGAAGUCAUUGUCAGUGAUGGAGGGAGAUUCUGUCACUCUACUCACUGAGACUGAAAUACAGAGAGAUGAUCUGAUAAUGUGGAAGUCUGGAGACACUCAGAUAGCUGAAAUGUAUGUAACAGACCAACGAUUCUCCACAUCUGAUGGUCCUGAUGGGAGAUUCAGAGGCAGACUGAAGCUGGAUCAUCAGACUGGAUCUCUGAACAUCACAAACACCAGAACCACAGACUCUGGACUUUAUGAACUGAAGAUCAACAGCAGCAGGCACACAGUACACAAGAGAAUCACUGUUACUGUCACUGUACCAGAUCUGUCUACAGGUGCUAUAGCAGGGAUUGUUCUGCUGGUGGCUGCUGUAGUUGCGGCUGCGUUUGGUAUGAUUUACUAUCGCCGCAAGAUUUCUACUCUAGAAAGAAAGAAGAUGGAGGCCAUAACAGUGACAGAGGAAUGUUCUGUAUGUCUACUCACUGAUGUUACUGAAAUACAGACAGAAGAUGUGAUACGCUGGAUGUUUAGAGAUGAAAAGUCUCCCAUAGCUGAAAUCAAAGGAUGGACAAGAGAGAUCUCUACAUAUGAUGGUGCUAAUGGGAGGUUCAUAAACAGACUAAAGCUAGAUCAUCAGACUGGAUCUCUGACCAUCAAAGACACCAGAACCACAGACUCUGGACUUUAUCAACUACUGAUCAUAAGAUCAGGAAAAGUCUCCAAGAAAUCCAAGAAAUUCAGCGUUACUGUCUCUGUGGAGGCCAAAUCAGUGACAGAAGGAGAUCCUGUCAUUCUACAGACUAAAGCUGAAAUACAGAAAGAUGAUCAGAUGUUAUUGCUGUUUGGAGAACAAGAGAUUUGUAUAGGUCAAAUCAAAGGAGGGACAGAAGAGUUCUCUACAUAUGAUGAUGUUCCUGAUGAUAGAUUCAAAGGCAGACUGGAGAUGAACAAGAAGACUAGAUCUGUGAAUAUCACAAACACCAGUACCAAAGACUCUGGACUAUAUAAACUACUGAUCAUAGGAUCAGGAACAGUCACAUCCAAGAUAUUCAGUAUAACUGUCUCUGGUAACACUGCAUCAAGAAGAAAUAGGGCAGAGGAGCUACCUCUGAUGGGUGUAGAUGUUUCCAACUUCUGACUGUAACAUUAUCAGCAUUCAAAUUAAAUCAUCAAAAUAACAUUUCUACUUAAGUCACCCAUAUAAAAGAGCUCUAGAUGUGUUUGAAACCAAUCCUGUUUGUUGUUGAGAUUGGCCGUUAAACAAAAGUAAAAGAGCUUUCAUACAAGUACAAAUAUAGAACAUUAAUAUAUGUGACCCUGGAUCACAAAACCAGU